AAGCAAGGGUAUUAUAAGCCCGAAACGCAACAGAUGCAUCUCGAACGAUUGCAGUAUUCUUUCGAGCGAGCCUGGCGGAAAGUCGCGCAAGAACAAAGGAAGCCAGGCUAUAAUUUCACGGCCGAAUAGGAGAGAUAACGUGCGGGAGGGAGUCGGCCCGAGUCCUCUUGUUUCAUCUCUCUUGGGCUCAGCUGGCCACACCCGCCAUGGCCAGGCCGGUGCUUGCACUCCUGGUUCUGGUCUGCCUGGUGGCGGUCUGCAGCUGCACGUACGAAGAGGACCUGAGGAGACAACUCAGGACGCACGAGUGCAGGAGACUAAUCAAGGUAUUAUCAAAGUGCGGCUACAAGAAGCGUUGGACAAACCAACUGCAGAAGGACUUGGCCGCCACCAUGGCCCAGCGUACGUUCCAUGACGAUCUAAACAGCUGUUUGUCCAUGUCCCUCGAUAUGGCAGGCAACAUGUCCUACUGCAAACAUGAACCAAGUCUGAGGAUUUACCUGCAGUGUUCAAGAAUGGCACUGUUCAAAAGAGUCGACGUGAAAAACAAGUUCGCCGCGAUCAAGUUUCAUGGCGGAUUUGACCAUUGCGUGAAAGUUCACAUGGGCAUGAUGGAUGAGUUUGGCGAGUUGCCGAUGGACGAUGACGAUGACGACGACGACGACGACGACGACGAGGACGACGACGACGACGGUAAAGUUGAAAGUGGUGGUCAAGAUGAUAGGCAAGACAAGCCUAAGUCAAGGAAAAGGAGGAAAACACCGAUGUCUGACAUGGAUGAGAUGAACAGCGGGCACAGUCACCGCAAGCCCGCCACCAAGCACACCAGUCCGGGAGGAGGCAGUGGUCGGAGACCGUACGACGUGAUACAGCGUCGCCCCUACGGCAAGAUGAAUCGACACCAUGGGAAGCCCCACGACGAUGACGAAGCAAUGAUGCCCGCCACCGAGCACGACUAUGACGGCCAAGGCGGUGGUCGCGAACCGCACGACGUCGUGAACCGUCGGCCCUACGGCAAGAUGAAUCGACACCAUGGGAAGCCCCACGACGAUGACGAAACAACGAUGCCCGCCACCGAGCACGACUACCACGGGCAAGGCGGUGGUCGCGAACCGCACGACGUCGUGAACCGUCGACCCCACGACAAGAUCAAUCGACACCAUGGGCGGCCCUACGACGAUGACGAAACAAUGCCGCGACAACGCAGGCAACCCCGUGACGACGACGACUACAUGCCUAGCGACGUAGAGCCGAGAAAGUCUCACAGGCGGCAGUAUCCCGACGACUAUGACAACUAUGACGACUAUAACGACGCUUCGAGAUGAGGGAGAAGGUCCGGAGAUGCGAAAGCUUCUACUCCUUUCCUAUUUUCCCAUUCCUCCUUUUUUUAUAUUGAGGGCGGUCGUCGUCGUCACGAUAACCUGACCCAAGUUUACUUACAUGCCAACAGCAUGUGCGCCAACGUUUGCUAGUCUUUCUCCAACGUACAUUUUCUUUUUGGUCAAUAAAGCGAAACGUGCCAGUCACACACACCCUCGGAAGGCGAUCAUCUGUGAGUUA